AUGAUCACCAUUACCGAGUUGUUUACCGAAACACGUGCUGGGCACUGUGAACAUGUGCUGGGCACUGGAGAACAUGUGCUGGGCACUGGAGAACAUGUGCUGGGCACAGGAGAACAUGUGCUGGGCACUGGAGAACAUGUGCUGGGUACUGGAGAACAUGUGCUGGGCACUGGAGAACAUGUGCUGGGCACUGGAGAACAUGUGCUGGGCACUGGAGAACAUGUGCUGGGCACAAGAGAACAUGUGCUGGGCAGAAGAAAACAUGUGCUGGGCACAAGAGAACAUGUGCUGGGCACUGGAGAACAUGUGCUGGGCACUGGAGAACAUGUGCUGGGCACUGGAGAACAUGUGCUGGGCACAGGAGAACAUGUGCUGGGCAUAGGAGAACAUGUGCUGGGCAUAGGAGAACAUGUGCUGGGCACUGGAGAACAUGUGCUGGGCACAAGAGAACAUGUGCUGGGCACUGGAGAACAUGUGCUGGGCACUGGAGAACAUGUGCUGGGCACUGGAGAACAUGUGCUGGGCACUGGAGAACACGUGCUGGGCACUGGAGAACAUGUGCUGGGCACUGGAGAACAUGUGCUGGGCACUGGAGAACAUGUGCUGGGCACAGAACAUAUGCUGGGCACUGGAGAACACGUGCUGGGCACUGGAGAACAUGUGCUGGGCACAGAAGAACAUAUGCUGGGCACUGGAGAACAUGUGCUGAGCACAGGAGAACAUGUGCUGGGCACAGGAGAACAUGUGCUGGGCACAGGAGAACAUGUGCUGGGCACUGAAGAACAUGUGCUGGGCACAAUAGAACAUGCGCUGGGCACAGGAGAACAUUUGGCAGGCACUGGAGAACAUGUGCUGGGCACAAGAGAACAUGUGCUGGGCACUGGAGAACAUGUGCUGGGCACAGGAGAACAUUUGGCAGGCACUGGAGAACAUGUGCUGGGCACUGGAGAACAUGUGCUGGGCACAGGAGAACAUUUGGCAGGCACUGGAGAACAUGUGCUGGGCACUGGAGAACAUGUGCUGGGCACAAUAGAACAUGUGCUGGGCACAGGAGAACACGUGCUGGGCACAGGAGAACAUUAUUUCUUUGCUUCUGAUUUUCAAGAUUCUUCUUGA